UGCUUUAGGACCAAGCCAUGCAGCCAGAAACUGGAAAAACAGAAGACGAAAAGAAGACAAAGGGUAAGGACAUGUUUCACGCCAAGGGGUCUAUCAAGGCGACUUACCCAGAGGAGGACCACGGUAAAGGUAAUAAUAAGGUGUUCAACAAAGGAUCGGCAGCUAAGAUAGACCUAAAAAUGAGAACACAAACGCUUUAGGUUAUGCC